CGAACCCUUCUUCCUCGAGUCCUUAACGUAGUGAUAUCCUGAUCCCUCUCAGAUCAGAAAAUUGAUCUUCUGUUUGCUGUCGAUCGAAAGGCUUGCGGAUCCCUCACCUCCUGAUAUGACAUGCCAUCUACGACAAUGGACAUGGGCGUCGCCGAAACAGCAAAAGCCCCGCAUUCAUGUGUUGCCUGCAGAAAACAGAAGAGGAGAUGUGACAAGCUACUACCCAACUGCUCAUUAUGCACCCGCAUGUCCCGAGCAUGCGAUUACUCAGAAAUAACGCCCAACCCAAAUGCCGAUGACUUUGCGUUCAUGAGGCAGAAGAUUGCCGACUUGGAAGCCCGCCUAGAAGGCAGACGCUCAGACUUGGGUUGGCAUGAGCCCAUGAAGUCAGUCAGCAGAAGUCCUUCGUCGGGCAUCGAAACGGCCGUCACGGCUAACAAUGCUUCCACGUUCCCCGCCACGUUCUUUCUUGAUGCUGAAGUCUUCACCGAGAGCCAAAUGACCGUUACAAAGCCACCAAUUCCUGUGCCGCCGGAGGUUUUAGCUGCAUUGGGAACCUCAAUCCUCGACAUUCAGGACAUCGUCGACCGAUAUUUCGCUAACGUCCACACCUGGCUGCCAUUCAUCUCCAGGAAACGCAUGGAAUUGACAUUGACAAACCCAGCGCUGGAGCUUUCGUUUGAUCUGGCCCUGUUAGUACUCUGUAUGAAGCUGAUUGUUCACGUGCCCUCGGGUGGGCCACAAAGUGUCCGAUCACCAUUAUAUGCUCUUGCGAAACGUGUCUUCUAUAUGGCCGAGUCUCAGGGGUUGAUAUGUUAUCGAACGCUGCAGGCGAAUAUACUGAUCGCCGCGUAUGAGAUUGGUCAUGCUAUUUAUCCCGCAGCAUACCUAACCACCGGGCACUGUGCUCGACUUGGGCAUGCAUUAGGAUUGAACGACCGCCGGCAUGCGCCACAGGUUAUCAGGAAGAAAGUUGGGGCAUGGGCUGAGCUGGAGGAAGUUAAGCGUACCUGGUGGGCUACGAUGCUUCUGGACAGAUACGUCAACUUGGGCACUCAUGGCCAUCCAUUAGCCACGGACGAUCCAGGUAGAAGCGACACCCUGCCGGCGGACGACACAUUGUGGGACGAGGGAGAGCUUACCGGUAGCGAACCCUUGUAUGUGUCCUCGCCCACCAGCAUCAAAGCCGGAGCCUUUGCACGCACUUGUCAGGCUUGCCACCUUCUAGGUCGACUUAUCCGACUACUGAAUGACAGAAUCCUCGAGGCACCGAUGCGCUUCGCUGAGGCAAUCCAGUUACACCGAACAUUCCAGGCGCUGGCAAAUUUGCUGCCUGAUGAUGUUCGGAGAUUGCCAACGCACUACGGGACCGCUAUGGCUUUGUGCUAUGGUGGCCUUCUUCACCUAUACGAUCCUUUUGCCUGUACCGAAACCAAUCAUGGUACGGGAACAGUUGAAGAGACCGAGAUGCAAACCAUAUCCAUAGCUGGAAUGAAGGCCACGGCAGCAGACAUAUUGCAAUUUAGUCGUGUCCUGCAGGGAUCGAUGAUGACCAAUCCAUCCUCAAUCAGUCCUCUUGUUGGAGACUGCUUAUAUGUCGCCGCUGCCACGUAUGGCUGGCUUGUGCAUGAGACGGGAUCGGGAGAGGCGGCAGAGGCCUACCACGAAUUAAGGGGAGUGCUUGAAACCAUGAAUACUCGCUGGGCAGUGGCGGGGCAAUAUCUAGCCACUCUAGAAAAAGCGAGGGAGGCCUUCUAUCCGGAUACGCCAUUACUUUGAGCUUCUAUCUCACUCACUAGCCACGCUGAUGGAGGCUUCUCUCUUGUGGAUCCAUCUGCCUGGGUGCCAGUAUAUCAACAGGUACACUGCGAUCACAAUUGGCAAAUACUCUAAGCACCCAAAGAACACCUCGCGAGUCGAAAGGUACUCCAAAAGACCUUCGGCAGUCUCUGCAAGUCUGAAGCAUGUUCGAAGGUACACCGCAAGUGCCGCAACCAAGACCGCUGCCGUCAUGGCCUUCAGUUUCGUUCCCAUGAUCUGUCUUGCCUUGUACAUGAACACGGUCAACACCAGAAUGAACAUGGUGAAAGAAAAGACCUGAAACGCCAGUCCCCCUAGGAGGAUAUUGUUUGGUGUGUCUGGAUUCUUCUGGUCCGAAUAGGCCGCCCCGACGAGCGCGGCCCCUGCCACUUGAAUCGCAGUGGCAAUCACAUCGCAAGCGAUGAAGCUCCACAAGAUCACCGUCGGCGACAGCGGUGCAUACUUUUGCCCGACAUUAUUGAUCAAGACCGAGAUGAUGGUAUAUAUCGCUGCGGAGAAGAAAACCGGAGCGACCACAAUACAGAAGUACUGUGUCACGAAAUAUGAGACGGAGUAGGGAUUUCGCUUCGAUGCCAGCAGGCGGAAGAUAUAGCCGACGACUUCCAUGACCAGGCCUACGACCAUGGUGCUGAAGUACCAUGUCCGAAAUCGAAUGAGGUAGAAGAGGUGAAGUACCAGAGCGAGAAUGAAAAGGAUGACGCCGAGAACUCCCAGGGCCAAAGAAGGGACAUAUCUACCCAGAUGAUCAGCUCGCGGUUCCGGAGAAACAGGUGCUGUUUGUUUGCAAGGACGUACCCAUAUAUGAUGAUGCACGCGGAAUCAUCCGACAUUGGUCUAGGGAAACUGGGAUCAACAUAUCCAUAUGUGAUAUUCCCGCAGUCUCGAUUGGACAUUGUUACAAGCUUUCAGGCUCCGGAUAUUUCCUGCAGGAGCUGAUAGAGGGACGGUCUUCCGGGGUAGCUCUCUGGCGCAAAGACAUUGUAAAUGGAACCGACGGGGUUCUGCCCACCUUUUAUACCUC